UAAACACGAUGAAAUGUUGUUUUUGAAUGAUCUGUCUCCUGAGUAUUUUGCACCAGCCUCCACUGUAGCCUGCUCGUUGCUAUUUAGGGGUGCUGUGCACCGGUGAGCGACUGAGAAAGAGUUGCAAAGCAAUGAUGUCAUAGUUUUAAGCGUGCCAUGGGAGAGCAUAUGGUUCGUACCCGCUACCGAGCGGCAGUGCCGCUUUGUUAUGAGCAGGCGGCGCUGUGGCUGUAGCAGGCGGAAGCGAAGCUCGCCCAGCCCAACCUCUCUUCGCCGGAGACAGAGAAGCUGCCGAGGGAGAUACGAGAAAACGGGAGGAGAAAAGAAGACUGUGUCGGCAGGAGAAAAGAGAAAUCUACCAUAAUGGCCGCUAAAUCGGACGGGGUGCUGAAAAUUAAGAAGAGCGAUGUAGCGUUCACGCCUUUGCAAAAUUCGGAUCAUUCGGGCUCAGUGCAAGGACUCGUUCCAGGAUCCCAGCCGGAAUCAGGGACCGGAGAUACGGACUUUGUGAACGGGGAAUCGCGGUGUUGUGGUCCCAAUUCGACGUGUCUUCGACUAGGAAGGGAGCAGCAAAAAUAUACGGUGUGGGACUGCCUUUGGAUUCUCGCCGCAGUGACAGUCUAUUUCGCCGAUGUGGGUACCGACAUUUGGCUCUCGGUCGACUAUUACCUGCGCCGCGACUAUUGGUGGUUCGGUUUGACGCUAUUUUUUGUGGUGCUCGGCUCGUUCUCCGUCCAGGUAUUCAGUUUCAGAUGGUUCGUUCACGAUUUCAGUACCGAGGACAGCGCCGGGGCGGCCACUGGUGCGGCAAACUGCUCCCACAUGGACGGAAAGCUGCUCAGCGGUUCUGCCUCACAAGGCGACGUGGGCGCCCACCCGUCCACUCCUCAGAGACAAGCGUCCACAGCCAGCAAGAACACCACAACCAACAGCAACAGCAGUACGACCACCCGGACUAAUAAAAAGAGGUCGUCGUCUUGCUCCAUCUUCAUUUGGGUCGUGCAAUCCCUCAUCCACAUCUUGCAACUCGGCCAGAUAUGGAGGUAUUUCCACACCAUCUACCUGGGGAUCCGCAGUCGCCAGAGUGCGGAGAACGAGCGCUGGAGGUUCUACUGGCGGAUGGUGUACGAGUUCUCAGACGCCAGCAUGCUGCACCUGCUGGCCACCUUCCUGGAGAGCGCCCCUCAGCUGGUCCUGCAGCUCUGCAUCAUCAUCCAGACACACAAGUUGCAGGCCGUGCAAGGCAUGACGACGGCGGCCUCGCUGGUGUCCCUCGCCUGGGCCCUGGCGUCCUAUCAGAAGGCUCUGAGAGACUCGCGCGACGACAAGAAGCCCAUCAGCUACUUGGCGGUGAUCAUCCAGUUCUGCUGGCACUUCUUCACCAUCGCGGCACGCGUCAUCACCUUCGCCCUCUUUGCCUCCGUGUUCCAGCUCUACUUUGGCAUCUUCAUCGUGCUGCACUGGUGCGUCAUGACCUUCUGGAUCGUCCACUGCGAGACCGACUUCUGCAUCACCAAGUGGGAGGAGAUCGUGUUCGACAUGGUGGUGGGCAUCAUCUACAUCUUCAGCUGGUUCAACGUGAAGGAGGGACACACCCGCUGCCGCCUCCUCAUCUACUACCUGGUGAUCCUGGGGGAGAACGUCGCCUUGGGCGCCCUGUGGUACCUGUACCGCUCCCCACUCGCCACCGACGCCUUCGCCGUCCCCGCCCUCUGCGUCAUCUUCAGCAGCUUCCUGACGGGCGUGGUCUUCAUGCUCAUGUACUACGCCUUCUUCCACCCCAACGGCCCCCGCUUCGGACGCUCUCCCAGCUGCCCCGCCCUCGACGACCCCACCGCCGCCUUCGCCACCCUGCCCUCCGAGGGCGCCACCAACUCGCUGCGCUCCAACCGCGGCGGCAGCGGGGGCGGAAGCGGCGCCCACACGCUCGACCGGGACGGGAAAUACUCGGAGCGCGACGGCUGCAUGCCCGUGUUCCAGGUGCGCCCCACCGCCCCGUCCACGCCCUCGUCCAGGGCGCUGCGCCUGGAGGAAACGGUCAUCAAAAUAGACCUGUGUCGGAACAGAUACCCAGCCUGGGAGCGCCACGUGUUGGACAGGAACAUACGCAAGGCCAUCCUGGCCAUAGACUGCUCCCCGGCGCCCCCUAGGCUGCAGUACAAGGACGACAUGCUGGUGCAGGAGAGGCUGGAGUAUGAGACCACGUUGUAGCCCACGCCCGUGCCACUGGCUCUCCCACAUGGAACGCUGACUCCUCCUCAGCUUGGAUAUACAGUACAGCAGGACUGUGGCAAUAAGUUAACAUGAGCUCCCUCUCUCUCUCUCUCUCUCUCUCUCUCUACAAACACACAAACACACAUAACAGUACACGAUAGCGUUGAGCCGUGACGUUGAUUGUCAUGGAUGAGAAUAGGCACAACUUCUUAGUUGAUUGGAGGGGGCGUUUUUUGUUGUUGUUGUGGUUUUUAAAUCAGACUUCUCUUUUUUGGUACUUGGUUAUUGUUGUUGUUUUUUUUUACUUACGUAUGUCUGUCAGGGAACAUUGUAUCAGAUCAAAUGUUGUCAUGGGAAGCUUGAUGAGUCAAAAACUGUCCACUCCUUGUGAUGUCCCCCCUCACUGAAAACCAGCCUGACGGUGACCCAGCCUGAACUGUGCCACCCUGACGGAACGAAGGGGAGACGAAACAAGUGCUCCUCACGUCACCAAAGUACUUGCUGAUAAUCCAAUUAUAAACACAGAAUUCCUAUAGCGCGUUGUGAAGCCUGCAAGCACUACAGUAGACAGUCCUUUCUUUCAUAUACAAGUCGGUGGGACUCUUCAUUCAACGAGAAGAUGAUCGGGACAACUUGGUAUGUACAAGCCCGGUUGAGUAUAGCCCUGUGUAUCCGACGUGGUGGUCCCUUUGCGUUCUGAUGUCAUCAGUCGUGUUCUCCUAGUGCCAAAAGCUCCGUCGCCCAAUUCGUCUGGAUGCUGUGGAACAAUGUGGAACACUGUAGAACACUAUGGAACAUGGGUUCUAGCCAGUGACAGUUUUCCACACACACACAAAGAUGAACAGAAAAUAAUUACUGUUUACUUGAAUUUACAGUCAACAAGCGGUUUGUAUACGGUCAUAGCUACAUAUACCUGGAAUGUUCUGGAAUGGGGGACUGAGGGACAGACAAACUCCUCACCGUCAUCUCCUCCUGAGAAUAAAAACAGGUGUCACAGGCCAAGAAAACCUUCCUGGCAGCUCAACAAUAACAGACCAGCCUCACGCCGCAAGGAGAGGAGAGGGGAGAAAAGGAGAGAAGGAGAGGAGAGAAGGAGAGGAUGGGGGAAGAGAGGAAAAGAGAUGAGAGAAGAGGAAACAAAAGAAGAGGAAAGGAGGAGAGAAGGAGAGGUAAGAGAUAAAAAAAGAAAGCAGUAGGAAGAGGAACAGAGGGGACAAACAACCUCAGCCAAACCAACUACUCUCACAAGCACCAGGUUGUACAGCAAAGCCCUGUGUA